GUUUCCAAGGCAACGGCCGAAAACACUUGCAGCUCCGGGGAAACAUGGCGGGCAUUGUGGACACGGAUAGUCUAGGUACAGUGAGUGACAUUCACAGGGUCCAAAAUAUCCACCAGCUGAGCGACGAGGAGCUCAUGGCGUUAAUGGAUGAAAUAAGUAUUUCCAAUGCAGCCAUGCAGAGAGAGAAUGCAAUGUUUGAGAAGUACUAUGACCGCAUGGUUCCCAAGGAAGAGGUUGACGAACUUCAAAUUGUGUCACAGGACGUUGCACAACUGGGACAGAGCCGUACAAGGCAUCGAUCUAGGUCUCGUAUUGCAACAAUUGAACGCCUUUUGAACUUAACGGCAGACCAAAAGUGCACCAUUGCAUAUAGAGAAUUAGAGGAAACAAAAGAAAUGUUAGCAAAGCUGAGACAUGAUUCAAGCCACACGGUCCGGAAUCUACAGGCUACCCUUGAGGAAGCUGAAUGUGCACUAAUUGAAGUAAAAAAAGCUGUCUAUGAAUUUGAACGAGACAUUGCAACCUUCUCACAAGGACAGAAGGAGAGCACAAUUGUAACAGAAACGCUCUUUAAAUACUUUGAGGACAAGAUCCAUGCAAAAGAAAUACUGAUCGAUAAACUACAACUGAAGAAUCAUGCAUGGAAGAUGCUGAAGGCUAAAAUGCACCAACAGCUCAGAUUGAAAGAAGAGGCAGGAGAGAUGCUGCGUGAGGUUGACUUCCAUCAGCUGAAGAUUGAAAACACCCAGUUUUUGAGGCAGAUUGAGCAGUACAAUCAGGACCUCCUCCAACUCAAAGUCAUGACAGGGCAAACGCAAAUUGUUCUCAACGCCUAUAAAAGGAAAUUACAGAAAAUGCUUGCAGAGACAAAGCAACUUCUCAGUGAAAUUAAAUCAAGACAUGAGCUGCUUCAGAAGAUUGAACUUGAGACCACAGAAGUAGAAAAAGACAAGGCCACGGCAGAGGAGCUAAACAAGAAGUUUCGAAAUGACAUUUCCAAUUACAAAGUACCGGGCAUUCUUGAAUAUGUUCAGGAGACCUGGAAUCGUUUUGACUUAGAGAAAAAAGUGAAAACCUGGGAACGCAAAGUGGACAUUGCAGAGCUUGCACAUAGAUCUUACAAUAAUACCUGGGAGAAAAUAAAAAAGUACAAUGAUCACGAUCAAGAUCAAGACAUAAAUAUGUUGUAAUCAGGUCAAAGUUAGAAUUUGUCACAUGUAAAAGGGCAACAUUCACAAAGCUCCACUAAAACAAAAAGAAUUCAAACUUUCUACGAAUCAUAAUCAUAUUUUAUGGUGUUAUGCUAUUUGACUAUUGGCUGUAUUAUUGUGUCAAAAUAAUAAAUUCAACUUUUAA